AUGUUGAGCCACAACGCACAAACCUCAUCAUCAAUCUCGCAAGAUCGAGAGACUAAAAUUGAUCAUCGUGAUGAUGAAGAAGAUAAUGCACCAACUCCAUUUAUGCUCGGAGAUGUUUCAAUGAAUCGAGUGAGUGAUGUUCCAGAAGAUGUUUUAAUUCUGAUAUUUUCCUACCUUGAUUGGAAGGAUAUUAUUUUGAAUAUAUCAUUGGUGAAUACUACUUUUUAUAAUUGUCAUAGAAAUGAUGCAAUUUGGAAGAAAUUUAUUAAAUAUCCAAAUAAUAUAAACAACGAAAAUGAUGACAAGUCUUAUUUAGAAAUUCCAUCAAUUGCCAAGAGUAUUAUUAGACGAAGGGUAAAAGAACGCACCGGUUCGACAAGUUUAUUGGAAAUAUUUAAAUAUGAAUAUUUAGUUCUCUACAAGGGAUGGUAUAAUUUUAGAGGUUAUAGAGCUCUCGAUUCUAAGGAAGACUACAGCAUUGGAUCAAACCCUUUUGAAUGCGAUUUUAUGACAAAUUAUAUUGACACAAUCAAGACGCUCGAUGAGAAAUCUGAAAUUGUAAAUCCAAACUUUGGUUACAAUAAUUUCAUAUUCCAACGAUCUACUGUGAAUCCUAACAAGUUGCAUAUGGCGACAUGCUCUCAUGUUGUAAAAUUUUAUAAUGUUCACUUGAAUAGUGAGGCAAUAUUUGGUGACGAUGCAGAUGUUGUUUCUAAAUUUGAAUAUGUACACGAAUGGAAAGAAACUUACGAACAGAGAGGCCUUCUUUGGUUUAUUGAAACACAACACCAUCGAAUUCCACAUCUUGCGCUAACAGGAGGUACAUCGGACUCUAUAUUUUACACGAAUUAUUAUCCUGAGAAUAAUGCAGAAGAUGUCAUUAAAAAUUCACGAUGUAUUCCACACAAGCAUAGAAAUGGUAUUUGGAGUGUGAAAAUCAUCAAUGACAAACAUUUUGUGACUGCAGGUGCGGAUGGAAUUGCAAAAAUAUUUGAUGUGAAUACUGAAUCAGAAGUUCAAAGCAUAUUAUGUGAUAAGAAUGGAGCUUCAACUCAUAGAAGCGCCAUCUAUGACAUUGAUUGCAAUCCGCAUGCAAAAUUUGUGGACAUUUUCAUGACUGCAUCUGCUGACAAAUAUGUGAAAAUAUUUGAUGCUAGAUCGUCAUCUUUAAUUGGUUCAGUUUAUACGGAUGCAUAUCUAUACGAGAUCAACGCCCAAUGUUUCGACCCUUCUUCAGGCCAGUACUCUAUUUUAACAGGAACAGAUCGAGGUUUUGUUCAAAUGAUUGAUUUCAGAAAAGUUUCAACAUCAUCCCCUGUGACUGAAGGCAAAGCAGAUCCAUCAGUUAUUUACGAUAUGGAUAUAUUCCGAUUGGGAGCCAUUCGAGGAUUGAUGUGGGAUGGACAAAAGAUUGUUUGUGGUUCCAAGUUGGGAAUUGUAAUAAUGACCACUGAUAGUAAGGCACAAGCAAUGACUAGUGACGCCUUGUCGCAAGCUCCAAAAAUUGACCAAUUUAUUAGGCCAGAAGUUAUGACUGGAAAUGAUAGCACUCCUUGUCCGUGGAGGGUUGUUAAUUUUAUGCCCUACAGUGGUAUCAUGAGUUUAGAGAUGGAUGAUGAAAUACUAGCUGGAGUAUCCUCGAAUGGAGAUGUAUUAAUUGGUCACUGUCCUCAAACACACAUUCCUUUUAGCCGUAGAAACAACUUUUCCAACAACAAAAAAUCCACUCUUAAAGAAUGCCUUGUACAAUAA